GUCGCGGUGCGUGAGGCCGCCUGAGCCGGGCUUGGUUGCCGGGUCGCGCCGUUCCGGGCACGAGCGCGUGCGGUGCCGGCCGCUGCAGGUGACACGGGCGCAGUGGGGGCCGCCGCGGCCUUGUGGAGCUGAAACAGUUGAAGCCCCAGGAUGCACUGCUGCAAAUGGUAAAGCUGGAUGAGGAAAUUGGAACCCAGAUUAUUUGAACUAGAUACUAUCUUAAUGGUGGAACCAGGAUACACAGUUGGACUGCGUCACUUCAGAAUCUAUACUUGUGACUACUACGCUGUACAGAUCCUCCAAUAAGCUCCAAAAGAUGAGUCGUGGGUAUCCAGAAAACAAUAAUUUCCUGAAUAAUAAUAACCAAAUGGUAUUAGAUAUGAUCCUUUACCCAUUAAUUGGAAUCCCUCAGACCAUCAACUGGGAAACAGUGGCAAGGCUUGUGCCUGGACUAACACCCAAAGAGUGUGCAAAAAGGUUUGAUGAGCUGAAGAGCAGCGGAAACUCUCCUGUUGACAACCAGUAUAACCCCUUACUGGCAGCUGGGGAGGGUCCUGUGGAGUCUUUAGCCACUUACAUUAAAUCUUCACUUCUGGAAACACAAGGAGAUUUUCAAGAGACUCCAGUUGAUCAAGAUACAGUUUCCAAAGCAGGAAGACAUAGUAUAGCUUCCACAAGGAAUUGUUCUUCAGAAAGUGAAAAUUGUACUACUCGUAAUGCUGGAGAAAUGACUGAAGAAUCUGAAGGGCCAAACAUGGUGAUCCACGUAUGUGAUGAAGCAAAAAACUUGAAAGAAGAUUUUAUUUGUCCACGAGAUCUUUUAAUAUCAGAAAUGAAGUACUUUGCUGAAUAUUUAUCUAUGGAUGCCCAGCGCUGGGAAGAGGUGGACAUUUCUGUUCAUUGUGAUGUUCAUAUUUUCAACUGGCUGAUAAGAUAUGUGAAAAGGAACACUAAGGAGAAUAAGGAUUGUGAGAUUCCCACUUUAGAGCCAGGAAAUGUCAUUUCAAUUCUCAUUUCUUCAGAAUUCCUGAAGAUGGAUUCAUUAGUUGAACAAUGUAUUCAGUAUUGCCACAGAAAUAUGAAUGCCAUAGUAGCUGCCCCAUGCAACAUGAACUGUAUCAAUGCAAACCUCCUCACACGCAUAGCUGAUCUAUUCACACACAGUGAAAUUGAUGACUUAAAGGACAAAAAAGAUAAGUUUAGGAGUAAACUUUUUUGUAAGAAGAUUGAAAGACUGUUUGAUCCCGAGUACUUCAAUCCAGAUUCUCGAAACAAUGCAGCAACAUUAUACAGGUGUUGUUUGUGUAAGAAACUGUUAACCAGAGAAACGGAGAGGAGAAUCCCUUGCAUCCCUGGAAAAAUCAAUGUGGACAGACAUGGAAAUAUUAUCUACGUCCACAUAAGAGAUAAAACCUGGGAUGUACAUGAGUAUUUGAACAGUCUUUUCGAAGAAUUAAAAUCUUGGAGAGAUGUGUAUUGGCGCUUGUGGGGAACGAUCAACUGGCUGACUUGUUCCAGGUGUUGCCAGGCUUUUCUCUGCAUUGAGUUCUCCCACUGUCAGUACCACUCGGAAGUGGUCGUUUAUUCCACCACAGUAAGUUCCCUGAACACUGUGGGCACUGGAAUCUACCCCUGCUGUAACCAGAAGGUUCUUCGGUUUGAUCCCACUCAGCUCACAAAGGGCUGUAAGGUGAGGGACCACAUGGUUAUUCUUCAUGAUCAAGGAGAAAGUGACAAUGUGUCGUCUUGUCCGACCACUAGAAUACUGGACGAUCUAUACAAGCACAGGGAUGUCAUUCUUGUGCCUUUUCAUAAAGAUGCGGCGAGUGAUCCUGGGGCUGGCGCCUGUGAUGAGAAGGGCCUGGAAUAUGAUGUUUUACUGGAACCAAAUACACCAUGGGGCACCAAAAUGGGGGAGCUCAAUGCUUUCCUGUCGCUGAAAAACUGGACGCUGCAGUUGAAACAGCAGUCGAUAUUCUCGGAAGAGGAAGAGUACACCACUGGAUCUGAGGUCACUGAGGAUGAAGUUGGUGAUGAAGAAGAAGUGGCCAAGAAACAAAGGAAGAGGGAAAAGCCGAAGAAGUUUACUAAGCAGCCAAAAAAGCAGCUCUCUUCACCCUGUUCUCAAAAGAAAGAAAAGGCGCUGGAGAAGUCAACUUCUAGAGACGUGUCUCCUUUCAUCGUGAGCAUGCAGAAGAAUAAGUGGGACGCCACAAGAUCCUUGAGGUUCAACCAGGACGCACAAAGAGAAGAUGAUCAGAGGCGGAUGUCUGAAAUUACAGGGCAUCUAAUAAAAAUGAGAUUGGGUGACCUGGACCGAGUCAAGUCAAAGGACUCAAAAGAAUUUGCAGGAGGUAUUUAUUCUAGGCUGGAAGCACAAGUCAAAGCCUCGGCAGCGCCUGGCAGUGCCCGGCAGAACAGCUCAGACAAAAACCCCAGGUCUAAAAGUCGUUUUGGUCAAGGGCGUCCUGCAUAAAGCACCCUUAAACAUAAAAAGAGAGAAGGCACACUCCUGGACAUCAGAAAUUGUUCAUUUCCUGAAGACCUUCAAAUCAUGACUUCUAGGUGUUUUAUUAGUUAUUCCUGCAAACUGCGUAAAUCAUGUCGAGACAGAUAUAUAGUUAGGCUUCAUUAAAACCUAACUGUAAUUAUAAAUUUUUAUAUACAUUUUUCCUUGUAUAAUUCUAGGCUGUGUAGAAAAUAAUUACAAAUUUUACAUAGUUAAGAUUCCUAAUAUUUGUUACCCUUUAUUUAUUUGAAAAAGAAAAGGCCUAAAUUGUGAAAUGACUGAGUUUUGGAACCACCUUAAGAAAUGAAGGGUUGCAGAUGGUAGUGUUAUGUGCAUGUGUGCUGGUCGCCAUUGUGUGGACUGUUAGGUCUUAGGAAUAGCAUUGAAAGUGAGUCCUGUAUGAUGAUCUCCAGAGAUGUGAAUGUAGGUCUAUGUGCAUAUGAAGGAUGACAGAUCGUGAAGCCGCAUUGAGUUUCAAGACGAGGUUUUUCCAGCAUCGUGUUGGUCCAGAUGCGUCCAUGUUCUCAGGCUCAUUACUGGAAAGUACAGUGUUAAUUGUUUCUUUCAGUUCUUCGUACUUCUGUGUUGGUCAUCUGAGCCUGAAUUACUGGUCAUUAGUUUCUCUUCUCUGAAGCUAGUGACAUCCCAAAUUUCCUAGAAUAGCCUGUGAUGGUUUAGGGUAGAGUCGUUUCGGUUCUGUAACGUUCGCUUGUAUGAUUCUCCGACCUAUCCAUUCUCUAACCCUGUUUCAACAACCCCAUAACAAUUACAGUCGCUUGUUAACUUAGGAGUAUCUUAAAAGUCCCAGAUAGAUUAGAUGGCUGGAAAUUUCAUACAUUCAAGAAAAAUAAAAAUCAACUAUUUUGUAGAUCAUGUUUUAAUAUUUUCUAACCAGGUACAUAGCAUACCCGGGAAAUUUUAUUCCAGACUGUGAGCAUACAUUAAAUCAUGUGUUUGGAAAUUAUUCAGAGAGCAGGCCUUGGUGAUGUGGGACAGGACAGUAGCUUUAAAGAACAGUUCAGGUCACAUUCAGUUCACACAAAAAGAAAUUAGAAUUGUUAGUGUAUCUUUUAGUUGUUAUAUGAAGUUCAAUUAUUUGAUAAUUAUGUUUUUAAUGUCUGAUUUUGUUAUAUAUAUUUCAGUCAUCUGAUGCUGUGGAAAUAGCUUAUACCAUAUUUAUUUUUUUAAAAGUGUUUCUUAAUA